CCCCACGUGUCUGUAGGAAGAGCCGGACGCAGAAACAUGGUAGUGCUCUUAUACUUACUCAGUCACCAGCUAAGUUAGUUUACAUGGAGCAGCACAGGGGAGAGCGUUAACGCCCUGCGACAGAGGAGCGUCAAGUUCGGCUUAUAAACCUCAGGUCACAUCUGCAGACCGUCUUGGGAGCCGUGCAAACAAAAAUAUACAUCCAUCCAUUAUCCGUAACCGCUUAUCCCGUGCAGGGUUGUGGGCAAUCCCAACUGAUUACGGGCGAGAGGCAGGGUACACCCUGGACGAGUCACCGAAUCAUCACAGGGCUGACACACCAAGACCAACAACCGUUCAGACCUACGGUCAAUUUGGAGCCACCAAUUGGCCUAACCUGCAUGUUUUGGACUGUAGAGGAAACCCACGCAGACAUGGGGAGAACAUGCAAACUCCACACAGAAAGGCCCCAAUCGGCUGCUGGACUCGAACCCGGAACCUUCUUGCUAUGAGAUGACUUGCUACACCACCAUGUCGCCCAACAAAAGCAUCGAUCCAAAAAAGCAAGACUUGAUCCUGAACAUAAAAUACUUGCUAUUCCAAUAAGGAGGCUGGUUAUGGAAGAUGCCAAGGAAGUGCCUCCUUUUUUGGGGAUUAAUUCAUCCUUCUUGUCGAGGGUUAGAGCUGCGUCUUCCGCCAUGCUUGUGUGAGACAGUUAGAUGCCCAUGUUGUGGCACGUACGUUAUAAGUUGCAUGGUGUGCUGUGAGCGCUUCAGCGUUUCUGUGUUGCCAGUUUUGAGGCGACGUUUCCUCUUCGUCCCUCCACAAUGGCCAGCGGAGAGGAGGACGACCCCAUUAUACAAGAGAUCGAUGUGUACCUUGCCAAAAGUCUUUCAGAGAAGCUAUACUUAUUCCAGUAUCCUGUACGUCCUGCUAAUAUGAACUAUGACGACACAACUCAUUUAACAGCCAGAAUUAAACCCAAGCAACAAAAGGUUGAAAUCGAGGUGGCGAUCGAUACCAUGAGUCCGAACUACUGCCGCAGUAAAGGGGAGCAGAUUGCGCUCAAUGUGGAUGGCACAUCACUGGAAGACUCCAGCACUUAUUCCAUUAAAAUGAUGGAUAAGCAAACAUUCUCCUCGAUUCAGGCAACAACAAAUACCAGUCGCUAUGCUGCUGCAGUGUUUCGUAAAGGGGAGCUUCACCUCACGCCAUUACAGGGUAUUCUGCAGAUGAGGCCCAGCUUUUCAUAUCUAGAUAAAGCUGACAGUAAACACAAGGAACGGGAGGCAGCCAAUGAAGGUGGAGACUCUUCUCAGGAUGAGGCAGAAGAUGACGCCAAGCAGAUCACUGUGAGGUUUUCCAGGCCAGAGUCUGAGCAGGCUCGUCAGCGGCGUAUCCAGUCCUAUGAGUUCCUGCAGAAGAAACAAGCUGAAGAACCAUGGGUCCAUUUACACUACCAUAGCUUAAAGGAUGGGCGCUCGGAGCACGAACGUCAGUAUCUUUACUGCCAGGCCAUGGAUACCACCGAGAACAUGGAGUUAGUGAAAACGCCAAAUGAAUAUCUGACCAUGCUUAUGCCUCCACUGACGGAAGAAAAAGCGGUUAAGCCAGUGGGACCUAGUAAUGUGCUUUCUAUGGCCCAGUUACGUACAUUGCCACUUGGAGAUCAGGUGAAGACCUUGAUGAAGAAUGUCAAGGUCAUGCCGUUUGCCAAUCUGAUGGGGCUGCUUGCAUCAGGCACCGACUACACUGCAGUACUGCGCUGCAUACAGCAGGUGGCAAUGCUCGUCCAAGGAAACUGGGUUGUCAAGAGCGACGUUCUGUAUCCCAAGUCCACCUGCAGUCCACACAGCGGCGUGCCUGCAGAGGUGCUCUGUAGGGGCCGUGACUUUGUGAUGUGGAGAUUCACAAAUGAGCGCUCACUGAUGAGAAAAGAGGUUGCUGCUAUCAUCAAGCUCCCCCCUGAGGAUGUUAAGGACUUUUUGGAACACAUGGCUGUUCCCAGAGCAAACAGAGGCUGGGAGUUCCUGUUGCCUACUGACCGUGAUUUUGUCAAGAAGCAUCCUGAUGUGGCUCAGAGACAGCACAUGCUCUGGCUGGGCAUCCAGAACAAGUUAGAAAAAGUUUUCAACUUCUCCAAGGAGGACUUUUUGCACAAAAAGGAUACUCAAAUGGACUCGGUUCACGUUAGCGGUGAGCAGCGUCUCAAGGUGGCUCGAGAGAAUGCACGGGAGCGUCACGCCUCUUUGCAGAAAGACUUGGAUGCUCGAAGACUGAAGGCAUCCUCCAUGUCUUCUGGCUCCAGUGGAACUAAUACAAUGGUGCAAAUUAAACAAGAACCCAUGAGUGACUCUGAGGAGUCUAUGGACACGUCUGGUGCUGUUCCAAAUGGUUCAGUCAACGGUUAUCCCUCAUCAGACUCCCCUAACACGGACCUACACAGUGAGUACGGGACUGCACAGGCCCCUACCCCGGAGCUUCAAGACUUUGUUCGGAGCACUUUCCGGAAACACUUUGUGCUGUGCCUCAGUGAAGUCAAACGGCUGUUCAACCUGCACCUGGCCAGCCUUCCUACAGGACACAGCCGGUUCGGCCACGUCACAGACCGCAUGCUCCAGGACACGAUCCUCCACAGCCACUGCAAACAGAUCCUAGUGCCUUUUCCCCCUCAGAGUAGUUCUAGUGCAGACGAACAGAAGGUCUUUGGCUUAUGGGAGAAUGGUGAAACGUUUGAUAGGCACCGCCAAGUUCUGUUUGAGAUCUUUAUGAAGAAUUAUCGUGUAAGAAGAAAUGUUAUUCAGACCCGACUCUCACAGGAGCUCGGUGAUGCUGUCACCAAGGCUGACGUGGACAGGCUGCUCAAGGAGUGCUGCAUCAGCCUCGGAGGAAUGUGGUACUUGAAGGGAACAGUGCAGUCGUGACAGUAGAGGGAGGAGCCCUAGGGAUCCUAUCAAUCAGAAAAAAAAUAAAGAAGAAAAUCCCUUCUCUCCAAGUUUUACUCUGUAUGGGGGAAAUGGAGCCGACACACACAAGUCACUGCCCCCAGCUGGAGAAGACUGGCUUGGGAGGACAAAAAGGUCCCCCUGCUGCUCCAGGACAUUGCUUUUGUUUACCAUCAUGGACACAUAGCUGAGCAUAGCCAAAAUCAGAGCUUGUGGAAACUUCCAGGACACCUCACCAUUUCAUACAAAAGGGCUUGAGAUCCACCGGAUCCUACAUAGUGUUUAGUUAAAUAAAUAAUGAAAGAAGAGACAUGUAUAUGCAAAGCUAAGUUAUUAGAAUAUUUGUUGUUUUAAGACCUUUUUUCUUCACACUUUUUCUUAUCUUGCAGUUUUGCAUUACUAAUAAUGACCAUCCAGCCCUCUUCAUUUCAUCUGAGGCUUUUCAGAGUGCACUCGUAUAUUAAAUUGGCCUUUCCUAGGACCUGAAUGAGCGAUGAUCGCUUUAAGUUUCUGUCCCCUGCUAAAUGAUUUUACAAUCAACACUUGGUGUGUGUUUUUUUUUUUUUUUUUUUUAAUCCAAUUAUGAUAAUCAUAAUGUACUGUAGCGCACAGGGACUAGUUUUCAUUUCCUUUAUCAUUCAUUUGCCUGAAAUGGAAAGUUAAAAUAACACUAUGCACUAUUGUGCCAUAGCUUCCCUUCCUUCAAAGUAACAGCUACACCAAAGCUCUGAUGCACUGGGAAAUGGUCCUCAUGUUUUAGUAGACAUGGAACGUGGAUGCAGAUUAAUUUUCUUUUACAUUAAAAAAAAAAAAAAUUAAUGAAGUUCAGGGGAAAUCUGUUAGUCAAAAUUCUGGGAGUAUGCUGUAGUGCCAGUGAGAAACAUUUAACUGCAGUAAAUGUCCUUGAAAGCAUGAAUGGAAAUGUGGGGAAAAUGCACCAUCCUUUUGUGGCCUUUGAGACUUUACUUCUUGAAUAUAAUUUAGGCUGCUGGACAUUCUAGUUGACUUAAAACUGAUGUAUUGGCAAACAUGCAUUUCAUUUCAGACCGUUGCUGUACUUGGAUAUGUGAGAUCAAUCCCUGAUGGACUUUCUUUUUUUUGUUGUGCAAAUUGUGCAUUCAGUACUAAUUCGGAAGUCAAUGAUUUCCUUCAGUGUUGAUCUUGUGUGUCAGUGGAGGGUGUGAAGAUGUCCUGGCAGUUACAUGUGCUGCUGGAUGAUUGUAUUGAACUGUAAGUGUGGGUUUGGUUUUAGUGAAGAAGCGAGUGUUCUACAUGUUCUGAUAUUUUUAGGACAUGUAAAAGUGCCUCUAAUUUAUUCAGGGGAAAUAUUACCUAUAUUAAAUGUGUUCUUGUGGUUGGAAGAACGUUUGCUUUAUAUCCAACCUCAUAUUUUUUUUCUUUUCUAACAUUUAAGAUAUGCCUGGAUCCUCUUCAUUCAUUUGUAAUCAUUCCACGUAUUCAGAAAUAAAUGGACAUAUCAAAUCUGGAACGGUUUUGACCCAAGAAUGGAAGUUGGCUGUUUCAUUGGAACAUUAUGCUCAAUAAACACUGCAAAUAAA